AUGAAGGCAAUCGUGUUACUUUUCACUUCACUGGUCCUUACCAGUUGCAGUGAAUUCCAAGUGAUCAGAGCCAGGAGACAAUUGGGAGGACUUACUGGAGCUCUCGGAGGCCUGACUGGAGCGGCUACAGGAGUCGCCGGUGGUUUGACUAGAGCCGCUGGUGGUGCGCUUGGAGCAACAUCUGAAUUGGCUGGGGGACUUGAUGGAUUGACCGGAGCCGCUACGGGUAUUGCGGGUGGACUUGCUGGAGCAGCUGGUGGAGCUAUGGGAGCUGCGGCUGGGCUAGCUGAAGGAACUGCUGGACUCGCUGGAGGAGCUGCUGGAGCAGUUAGUGGAAUUGCUGGUGGACUUGCUGGAGCCGCGGGAGGAGCUGUGGGAGCCGCUGCCGGACUUGCUGGUGGAGCUGCUGGACUCGCUGGAGGAGCUGUUGGAGCAGUUAGUGGAAUUGCUGGUGGACUUGCUGGAGCCGCUGGAGGAGCUAUUGGAGCCGCUGCCGGACUUGCUGGUGGAGCUGCUGGACUCGCUGGAGGAGCUAUUGGAGCCACGGCUGGAUUGGCCGGUGGAUUGGCCGGAGCCGCCGGAGGAGCUGUCGGAACAGCUGCCGGAUUGGCUGGUGGAGCUGCUGGACUCGCUGGAGGAGCUGUUGGAGCCACGGCUGGAUUGGCCGGUGGAUUGACCGGAGCCGCCGGAGGAGCUUUUGGAGCUGCCCCUGGAAUAGCUGGAGGACUAACUGGAGGAGCUGCUGGGCUUGCCGGAGGAGCUGUCGGAACGGCCGCCGGAUUGGUCGGUGAAGCUGCUGGACUUGCUGGAGGAGUCGCCGGAGCUGCCAGAGGAGCACUCGGUGGUCUGACUGGAGCGGCUACAGGUAUUGCUGGAGGCCUUGGCAAAGCAGCAGGUGGAGCACUUGGGCCUGGGCUGAGCGGUGGCGCGAUCGAAGGUCUAUUCAGGGAAUUUGUUUCCUUACAGCAGACAACAAGAAAGACAACAACCGUGAAUCUGGGUGGUGGACCGCUUGGUGGUCCGAUUGGA